AUGAUUCCAGAGCUGAGCUCUGGUUUUCGGUCGAUCGUGGCUUUCCCACUUCCACAAAAAGACCUCCAAGCCUAUAUCGAGAAAGUAAACAGCUACUACCACUUCAAAGUAGCCUCGCACCACUCAACCCUCGGCUUCGUACUCCCCUUCGUCGCCGAAGUCUUCGCCCGCUACCCAGGCUGGGAACUAAACUCCAACUCUACUCCUCGAACUCUCACACUCAACGCUGGCAACACCGAGCUCUCGCGCUCUGCCCUCGUUGCUUCAACCUUAGCAGAUAUCUGCGCUCAAAAACACUUCGCCGUCAUCUCCAAAUGGCGCAACGAGCUGAAACCCGCCUACGGUCCUACAGGAGAAGUGCUGUUCUCCAUGGAGCGCGCAGCCGUCACGCUGCUUGGAAUCGUGUCGUAUGGUAUCCAUAUGAUUGCUUACACGCGCUGCGCCGAGACCGACGAGCCCAAGCUCUGGAUCUCCAAGCGCUCGAAGACCGUGGCUGUUUAUCCUGGUUUGCUAGACAACUGCUCCCUCGUCCGCGAAGCGCACGAAGAGGCUUCCCUCCCCGCCGACCUGGUUCGCGCAAAUGCCAAAGCAUGCGGCACGCUCUCGUACCUCCAUAGCCGCAACGCCCGCGCAGGCGGUGAGAUCGGAUUGCUCCAACCCGACGUGCAUUUUCUUUUUGAGUGUGAGCUGCCAGCAGACGUGGAGCCGAAGCCAUUUGAUGACGAGGUGGAGUGGUACCAGUUGUGGGAUAUUGAGCAGAUCAAGGAGGGGCUGAGGAUGGCGAAGUUUAAGCCGAGUUUUGCGCUGGUGAUGCUUGAUUUUUUUGUGAGGCAUGGGGUGUUGAAUGAGGGCAAUGAGAAAGAUUUUGUGGAGAUUUGUGCGAGAUUACAUAGGACUUUGGAGUUUAGCGUGGGAGGUGUUACGUUCGCGCAGAGGGAUAGCGAGGCGAAGAUCUGAUCGAGAAGGUUGCAAGUUGAAGUUAUCUUGACGAUGGAAGGUUGCGUAGGUAUAUGAAUAUUCGUUUCCUCAGAAAAUUGUACGAACAUACGUUUGCUAUUUUUUUCAAUUUUUUUUUUCUUGCAG